AUGGCGAGUGGUUUUAUCGAUAGUGGAGCGUCGAUUAAUGUGGUGAGCCCAUCGUUUCUCGAAGAUCACUCACUUGAAGAUCUUGUUCAUGAACAUGAUGCUUCGCUCAGCUUGACGAUGGCAAAUGAUAAGACGGAAACGUAUUCAACAGCAGAGUUUCUUGUGUUACCUGUACCCGCCAAUCGAGAUUUGCUGCUUGGUAUGCCAUGGUUGAAGUCGGUGAACCCUCAGAUUGACUGGGUCACUGGUGAAAUUCGGCCAAGCCGAGAUUGUCUGCAGCAGCCGUCGGCUCGGACUAAUGGGGCAUCGGCCUCGUACUUCUCGAUGGAGACAGGGGAAACCCGAUUGAUUUCAACGAAACAGUUUCGUCGCAUGAUCAUGAAGGACAAAACAAUCGAGUAC